AGUUCCGUCCGCGCUGAAGAAAGUCACAAUUUUGAAUGUAAACAAGAGUGUAGUUUGGCGUCGUUUUUAUAAGCGAAGUAAAGGAGGUAUUUGCUGGGAUUUAAGCCAUUCGCAAUGUCUAAGGUUAAGAUCGAAAUUCCUGAUCAGACGGGACAGGACGAAAAUUUAGCUCAGGGAGGCGAGGAAGAACCAAAAGAUGUCCAAGAUUUAACUGGUUUCGUUGAAAAACUACUUCAACAAAUGCAAGAAAAGUUUCAAGACAUGUCAGACCAGAUUAUCAACAGAAUUGACGAAAUGGGAGCAAGGAUAGAUGACUUGGAGAAAAAUAUUGGUGAACUCAUGACGCAAGCUGGUGUUGACGAACCUGAGAAAUAAGCGGGUAACAAAGUGUUCUGAACAUCUUGUACAUAUAACAACCUUUUUAUGUAUAACUGUUUUCUUUCUGAAUAUUUGAAAACCUAGUAACUGUCUUUUGAAAAAUUAUUAUUGCAUAGUAUUAAAAAAGUAACAACAGUUCAUACAUGUGAUUGUACUCAUGUAUAUAAUUUGUUGCUAUGGAACUGUCAAUGUGAAAAAAUAUUAGAUUGUGGACAUCAGAUAUGAUCUGCAAUUAACUCGUGGAAAAAUUAUAGACCAUUUUCUAAUCAGUAGACGUCUCAAAUCUAUAUAAAACAUUUAUUUUUUAUCCUUUUUUGUGGCUAUAUUCAAGCUAAGAGAGUGUGAAUUAAAUUAUUAG